CGGACCGGAAGUGACGCGCUGCAGAUCGUGUGAUUGUGAGGCUGCGUUCAGACCCGGACCGACUCUACGUGGAGGAUGGCUGCGACGUCCAACAACCCCUUCCUGCACCUGGUGGAGCCUCUGGACUCCUCCCGGCCGGAGCAGCAGUUCUACAACCUCUCCAAGCUGGGAGACCCCCGAUAUGACCGCCUGCCGUUCUCCAUCCGAGUCCUCCUGGAGUCCGCCGUCAGGAACUGCGACGGGUUCCUGGUGAAGCGCUCCGACGUGGAGAACAUCCUGGACUGGAAGCAGACCCAGACCCACAGCGUGGAGGUCCCGUUCAGGCCGGCCCGGGUCAUCCUGCAGGACUUCACUGGCGUCCCCGCCGUGGUGGACUUCGCCGCCAUGCGCGACGCCGUGACGAAGCUGGGCGGCGACCCCGAGAAGAUCAACCCGGUGUGCCCCGUGGACCUGGUCAUCGACCACUCCAUCCAGGUGGACUUCAACAGGAAGUCCGACAGCGUCCAGAAGAACCAGGACCUGGAGUUUGACCGCAACAAAGAACGGUUCCAGUUCCUGAAGUGGGGGUCCAGAGCCUUCCGGAACAUGAGGAUCAUCCCUCCGGGCUCCGGCAUCGUCCACCAGGUCAACCUGGAGUACCUGGCCCGGGUGGUCUUCAGCCGGGACGGCUUCUUCUACCCCGACAGCCUGGUGGGCACCGACUCCCACACCACCAUGAUCGACGGGCUGGGCGUGCUGGGCUGGGGUGUGGGCGGGAUCGAGGCGGAGGCGGUGAUGCUGGGUCAGCCCAUCAGCAUGGUGCUGCCCGAGGUGGUGGGCUACCGGCUGCACGGCAGCCCCGACGCGCUCAUCACGUCCACUGACAUCGUGCUGACCGUCACCAAGCACCUGCGGCAGGUGGGCGUGGUGGGGAAGUUCGUGGAGUUCUUCGGGCCGGGCGUGGCCCAGCUGUCCAUCGCCGACCGGGCCACCAUCGCCAACAUGUGUCCGGAGUACGGCGCCACGGCGGCCUUCUUCCCCGUGGACGCCGUGAGCGUGCAGUACCUGGCCCAGACCGGACGAGAGCCUGAGACGCUGUCGUCCAUCACCAAGUACCUGAAGGCCGUGUCCAUGUUCAGAGACUACACCGACCAGACCCAGGACCCGGACUUCACGCAGGUUGUGGAUCUGGACCUGGGCUCGGUGGUCCCCUGCUGCAGCGGUCCCAAGAGGCCUCAGGACAGAAUCCCGGUUUCAGACAUGAAGACGGACUUCGAGACGUGUCUGGGGGCAAAGCAAGGGUUCAAAGGUUUCCAGGUGGACCCUGAACGCCACGCGGCGUCCGUCCCCUUCCAGUUCGGCGGGAGCGAGUACCGGCUGAGCCACGGCUCGGUGGUCAUCGCCGCCAUCACCAGCUGCACCAACACCAGCAACCCGUCCGUCAUGCUGGGCGCCGGACUCCUGGCCAAGAAGGCGGUGGAGUGCGGCCUGAGCGUGAAGCCGUACAUCAAGACCAGCCUGUCCCCCGGCAGCGGCGUGGUCACCUACUACCUGAAGGAGAGCGGCGUCAUGGACUACCUGUCCCAGCUCGGCUUUGAGGUUGUUGGCUAUGGUUGCAUGACGUGUAUAGGAAACAGUGGGCCGCUCCCCGAGCCGGUGGUGGAGGCCAUCACUCAGGGGGAUCUGGUCGCCGCCGGCGUCCUGUCGGGGAACAGGAACUUCGAAGGCCGAGUUCACCCCAACACCAGAGCCAACUACCUGGCGUCGCCGCCGCUGGUCAUCGCCUACGCCAUCGCCGGCACCGUGAGGAUCGACUUCCAGCAGGAGCCCAUCGGCGUGAACUCGGAGGGCCGGGAGGUCUUCCUGAGGGACAUCUGGCCCAGCCGGGAGGAGGUCCAGGCCGUGGAGCGGGCCUUCGUCAUCCCCUCCAUGUUCAAGGAGGUCUACCAGAAGAUCGAGAGCGUCAACGAGCGCUGGAACUCUCUGGUGGCCCCCUCCGACAAGCUCUACACCUGGGACCCCCAGUCCACCUACAUCAAGUCGCCCCCCUUCUUCGACGGCCUGACCAUGGAGCUGCAGCCCCCCCGCUCCAUCAGCGGCGCCGCCGUCCUGCUGAACCUGGGGGACUCGGUCACCACGGACCACAUCUCCCCCGCCGGGAACAUCGCCCGGAACAGCCCGGCGGCGCGCUACCUGACCGGCCGGGGGUUGUCUCCUCGAGACUUCAACUCGUACGGCUCGCGGCGGGGGAACGACGCCGUCAUGGCUCGAGGGACCUUCGCCAACAUCCGGCUGCUGAACAAGUUCCUCAACAAGCAGGCGCCGCAGACGGUCUACCUGCCCACCGGGGAGACGAUGGACGUGUUCGAUGCCGCUGAGCGGUACCGGGAGUCGGGCGUGCCGCUGAUCGUCCUCACAGGGAGGGAGUACGGGUCGGGGAGCUCCAGGGACUGGGCCGCCAAGGGCCCCUUCCUGCUGGGCGUCCGGGCCGUCCUGGCCCAGAGCUACGAGCGGAUCCACCGCAGUAACCUGGUGGGGAUGGGCGUGGUCCCUCUGGAGUUCCUCCCCGGAGACUCGGCCGACAGCCUGGGCCUGACGGGGCGGGAGCGCUACUCCGUCCUCUUCCCCGAGAAGCUCACGCCCCGGAUGAACGUCACCGUGCAGCUGGACACCGGGAAGACGUUCGAGGUGCGGAUGCGGUUCGACACGGACGUGGAGCUGGCCUACUUCCACCACGGAGGCAUCCUCAACUACAUGAUCCGCAAGAUGUCCCAGAACUAGCCUGGGACCGCCGGCUGUCCACCGUCCCCCCCCCCCCCCCCCCCCCCCCCCCCCCCCCCGGCCACAGCAUGAGGAGCACCGUGUCCCUCAUGCUGUGGUCCAGACCAGCGUCCCCCCAGGAGACGCUGACCCAGGAGAAGCACUUUAAUCAGAGCUUGAAGACGCACAGCCCAGAGGAAGAGCAGGCCAGACACCGGAGCAGAGCGCCACGUCCACGUCCACGCCACGUCCACGCCACGUCCACGCCACGUCCACGCCACGUCCACGUCAUGUCCAAGUCAUGUCCGACGGUCCACACGCCGCCCAAACCUCCUGUCUCACACUUCAGGGACAAAAUAGAUGAAAUUAAAAAUCACUACGUUUCACCUGCAGAUAGUUCAGUUACUGAAACAUUAACAGACCAGCCUGUGAUCUGGAUCGGCUCGGGUCGGGUCCCCGGGCCACAUGUUUGACCCCCCUUGGUUAGAGUUAGUGUCUCCAUCAGCUGAUCAGCUGUCCGUGACUGAAUGCUCUCAGCUCAGCUGAUUCAGAACAGGUUCACCGUUCAAUCAGCUGAUUGAUGGACUGUGUCAAACAUCAGGCCCGUGGACCAAACCUGGCCUCAUCCGCAACCGCAGAGGGUCCAGUCCUCCAGGAGGUUCUAGAGAGAUCAAACCCUCUGUAGUUCUCCCACUAGCGUCGUAGCGUUAGCAUGGUAGCGCUAACGGUAGCUAACGGUACCAACAGGACCGGUUCUCCACUCGCUGCUGCUCCUGAUCCAGAUCCGCUGCUGGUUCUCCGCCCGGCGACCGGGGGGUUCUGGAAGGUUCUGGAAGGUUCUGUGACCGUGGAGACGUUCUGUCGGUGUUCUGGCUUCUAGAACAUUCCCUCCACAAUAAAAGCUGCCUUAAUCCGCAGAUCCAUGGUUUCAGUUUGAUGCUCGUUGAAACCAUGAACUGACAAUAAAAGGUUGUUUUUUUGAGCCGUU